UUACAAGAGAGCGUGCCUUCACGCGACCCCAACGAGACCAGCGCUUUACAGUUAAGUCCGGUAGGUGAGAGUGGGGAAGCGUAUGGAGGGAGAGAGUCGGAGACGAUCGCGGACGACGGAAUCAGGUGAGGUAGAAGAAUCUGCGGCGGCGGUGGCAGGUGGCAGAGGAGAUGGCGAUGGUUGGGGAGAAGAAGAUGCGGCGAGGUUCGUUGGGGUUGGGAGGAGCGGAAGGGGAGGGAAAGAGAGAGUUAAAGGUCCGUGGUCGCCGGAGGAGGAUGUUGUGUUGAGUGAGCUCGUUGAGAAGUUUGGACCGAGGAAUUGGAGCUUGAUCGCUCGGAGUAUUCCCGGUCGGUCAGGAAAGUCUUGCCGUCUUCGGUGGUGUAAUCAGCUCGAUCCAUCCGUUAAACGCAAUUCCUUCACUGAGGUAGAGGAUCAGGCUAUCAUCACAGCACAUUCCAUCCACGGAAACAAAUGGGCUGUAAUCGCCAAGAUACUCCCAGGAAGAACAGAUAAUGCUAUCAAGAACCACUGGAACUCCGCUCUAAGACGUCGUUGCAUGAACACAGGAACACGAAACUUAGCCGUCGAAGAUUCUGGAUUUGACAGAACAACGAGUUGUACGAUAGCGUCAUCGGAAGAAACUUUAUCUUCAGGCGGAGGUGGCCAUGUAACCACCCCACUUGCAUCAUCAGAAGGAAAAGAAGAAGCUACCUCCAUGGAAAUGUCGGAGGAAGAACAAUGCGUCGACAGAACAAACGGAGAGUGCAUUUCUAAGCAAGAAGGCAAUGAUCCUCCGACGCUUUUCCGCCCUGUAGCUCGGCUCAGUUCUUUUAAUGCUCGCAAUCACGUAGAAGGGUUCUCCUCUCCACAUAGCCAUGACCAAAACCAGUCACAACCACCUAAACAAGACACAGCAUUGCUAAGAUUGCUUGAAGGAGCUUACAGUGAAAAGUUUGUGCCUCAGAAAUGUGGACGUGGUUGUUGCAGCAACAACCCCGUUGGUAUUUAUCAGCAAGACUCAUUGCUGGGUCCAGAGUUUGUGGAUUACUUAGACCCACCAACGUUUCCGAGUUACGAACUAGCUGCUAUAGCGACGGAUAUAAGUAGCCUCGCUUGGCUGAGAAGUGGUUUAGAGAGCAGCAGCGUGAGGGCCAUGGAAGAAGCAGCUGGUCGGUUAAGGCCCCAAGGCUCAAGGGGACAUCGAGAUCAUUAUCUUGUAUCUGAACAAGGAAAGAACAUAACCAAUGUACUGUCUACAUAAAAAUAGCAGAAAAAACAAAACAGAGGCCAUGAGAUUUUUCCUUAAUUUUUAUCUUUUGAGGUUUCUUUACUUUUUUUGCCCCUCCUGAUCUGAGGGAGAGUGAGUCUUACUUGUAAUCGAAGUUGUGAUGUAAUUGAGUAGAAAUAGUUUCUUUAGUUCUGAAAUUGAGCGUCUUCAACUUCCUUGCGACUUGUAACAGUAACAUGAUGGUUUUUUCACUUUGUAACAUGAUUUCAC